AAGGAAGAAGGAGAAGAAGAAGAAGAAGAACAAAGAAGAGUAGCUAAAUAGUCAGGGGUGCUGGUAGCUGGAGGGAAAUGAGGAAUUGGAAAAAUCUAGGGUUUGUUGAGACCAUCUAUGAAGAAGAAGAUGACUGUGAAUUCUCCUCUGCCUCUCCUUCUCUCUCCUCAGCCAUCUCUUCUCCUUCUACACCUCUCCAUUCCAGAGUUGAAUCAUGGUCUCGGGCAACUGGGCACACUACAGAAGUUCUGAUUCGAGUUCAGGGAAAAUGUUUCCAACUACACAAGGAUCCACUGACAUCAAGAAGCACAUAUUUAAAGCGCCAACUAACCGCCUUCGUGUCGGACUUCACGUUGCCAUUAAACAUCUCCGCCGAAACGUUCACUCUCGUUGCCGAUUUCUGCUACGGUGCCCGCCUCGUCAUAACGCUGUUCAAUGUCGCCGCUCUAAGAACCGCCGCUGAGCUACUUGAAAUGACCGAGACUAUCGACGACGACGAUAACAACUUACUCCACUUAACAGAUACCUACUUCAGCCAAGUCGUCGCCGUCAACAGAGACUACGCGUCCGUAGUGUUUAGGUCUUGCAUGCCGUUACUUCCUGAGGCCGAAACGGUGGCGUUUCUUGUGAGCAGGUGCAUUGAGGCGUUGGCUAUGUCGGGCGACGGCGACAGUCGUGUGGAUUGGCUACAUGAGGUUAUAACGGUGUGUCCCGAGGACUUUCAGAUAGUUGUCGAGGUCAUUCAGCGUCGGUUUGGAAGCCAUGACGUCGUUUACAAGCUCGUUGAUCUUUAUAUUAUGAGAUACGAGGGCAAAAUCACAGAGGAGCAGAAAGCACAGAUAUGUAGUUCCAUAGAUUGCAGCAAGCUCUCUCCACAUAUCCUUCUAGAAGCCGUCCAAAACCCAGUAAUGCCUCUACGUUUCGUGGUCCAAGCCAUGCUGAUCGAGCAGCUCAACACUCGCCGCACCAUUCUCACCGCAGCUACUGCGGCUACUGAUGAUCACUACACUCAACUUCCACUCCUCCAGCAUCAUUAUGAUGACACCAAAUCCGAUCCUGCCCCAGUGGCUACACUAGGUUCCCUCCUCCAACGUGACACUGUGCUACGCCAAUCGGCGCAGCUGAAGGCCACCAUGGCUGCGACGAGCUCACGGAUCAGAACCCUAGAAGAGGAGCUGAGUGGGAUGAAGAAGUUGCUGGAAGAGUGUCAUAAUGAGCGGAGCAUAAUGGCGGAGGCCGGUGGUGAACGUAAGUCUGCGAGUUUUCAUUAUGGGAGUAGUGAUGAGAAUAACCUCAGUAAGCUGAUAACGAAUAAGUCUGCUUCUUCUUCUAGUUUCCGGCUCAUUAAUUUUAGAGGCAAAGAGAAAACGGAGGGGAAUAAUUGGUCGUCAUGUACUGGGACUCCGGGGGUGACGAAGAGCAUUAGUCAGAGGCUGAUUGGUGGACUGAAGAAAGCAUUUCGGGUUUCGGGUUCAAAGGAUGUGUCGGAGAAGAAGAUCGUCAGCUAUGGCGAUGGUGGCAACAACAAGGAUAUCAUUGUGAUCGAAUAA